CCUCGACGUCACGAGGGCCGGGCCACAACAGGGAGUGAAUAGCAGCAUCGUCUGUCUCACCCAACCAUCAGCGACUGGAGCUCAAGGUUUUGAUGGUGACCGUUGACUUGAUGGGGUCCCAGCAGAUGACAAAGUGAUGGUCUAAGGACUUGCAGUCACGGAGGUGCUUGCGCGUGGAAUGUUGCGCUGGACGGUGCACCUUGAAGGAGGGCCGCGGAGAGUCAACCAUGCUGCUGUGGCGGUGGGGCACAAGGUGUACUCCUUUGGAGGCUACUGCUCUGGGGAGGACUACGAGACACUCCGUCAGAUUGAUGUGCAUGUCUUCAACACAGUGUCUCUGCGUUGGAUGAAGUUGCCCCCGGUGAGGACUGGAGGACGUGAACAUGCCCGCGAGGUGCCAUACAUGCGCUACGGCCACACAGCUGUGCUGCUGGACGAUAUCAUCUACAUAUGGGGUGGGCGUAACGACACAGAGGGGGCCUGCAACGUGCUUUAUGCCUUUGAUGUCAACACGCACAGAUGGUACACACCCAAGAUUUCGGGGACAGUUCCAGGGGCAAGGGAUGGCCACUCAGCCUGUGUCUUGGGAAAGUCCAUGUAUAUAUUUGGAGGAUAUGAGCAGCUGGCUGACUGCUUUUCCAAUGAUAUCCACAAGCUGGACACCACCACCAUGGUUUGGUCUUUAAUUAACGCCAGAGGCACACCAGCACGUUGGAGAGAUUUCCAUUCAGCCACCAUCAUCGGGACAAAAAUGUUUGUAUUUGGGGGACGAGCGGACCGUUUUGGUCCUUUCCACUCCAACAAUGAGAUCUACUGCAACAAGAUCAAAGUGUUUGACACAGAGACCAACUGCUGGCUGAGCACGCCUUCAGCACAGCCACUGCCAGAGGGACGCAGGAGUCAUUCAGCCUUUGCCUACAAUGGAGAGCUGUACAUAUUUGGAGGCUACAAUGCCCGUAUGGACCGGCACUUCAAUGACCUCUGGAAAUUCAAUCCAGAGGCCUUCUCCUGGAUGAAGGUAGAACCGAAGGGAAAAGGCCCAUGUCCACGGAGAAGACAGUGCUGUUGCAUGGUUGGAGAUCGCAUCAUCCUCUUUGGAGGAACCAGCCCGUGUCCAGAGCAAGGAAUGGGUGAUGAAUUUAACCUCAUGGAUCAUUCAGACCUGUACAUCUUAGACUUCAGCCCUAAUUUGAAGACGUUAUGCAAGAUAGCUGUUAUUCAGUACAGUCUGGAGCAGUCAGGACUGCCACAUGACAUCAGGUGGGAGCUAGCGGCCAUGACCACCAACAGCAACAUCAGCAGACCCAUCUUCUCCUCCCAUGGCUGACACCGCUGGAGGUUUAGCAGAACCAGAACUGCUUGCUCUGUUUCAGGAUCCUGGGCUUUUAUCUUUCUAAUCAGCUGAGCUCCGAGGGACUUUCUUUUGUACAGUUUGGAUCUGGAUUGGAUUUAUUUUCCACAUUCUUGGGUAUUGCUGUCUCAAAGUCAAAACUGAGCUCUCAUUAGUUCCCCAAAAUGUAUUUACUUCCCUGGUCUCCAUGGUUUUUCUCAUGUCUAUGAAAGGUGCUUAUCUAGGUUUUUCCCCAUAUAUAGAGAACUCAGAGAAAAUCGAGUGGAUUGUUUGACAGUAUUACAAGCAGAGAAAUUAAGAUUUUUUAAAGAGUUGCUAAAGAUAUUUUUCCCCUUGAGACAUUGACCCUGUGAGAAAGUGAUUGUUGACACCUGUUCAGUCGUUCAGCCGUUUUCUCUGCUUUCUAGCCUCUCUAGAAAUCCAAUCAGCCUAUGAUAAUCAAGGACUUCUGAACCAAGCACAGGAAAAGACAAGAACUUCAGCCAAAGGUCUUGAGAGCUGAACUCUGUUUUGCGGAGGCAGAGGAUGUCAUCCAGAUGUCACACCCAACAGGUCUACCCGGAGAGACAAAUAUGAACCUUCUGUUAAAGACAGACUUGAAGAGACCGAGCUGGUUGUGACUUUGUAUAUCUUGCAGUUCUAACUUGGUCACCAAACCAUGUUUUCAUCUUCAUUUCUAGCAAAUUACAAUAUUGUACACAGUAUAUGGGGCCUCCCAAGCAAUCUUAUUACCUUGGCAUUGAAUGCAAGGAAACAGAAUAUAGGGGAACCACUGUAUUUCUUUGUGUCUAACACUUGUGAAAGGGGUUCUGUUAAGACUGGCUGCCCAGACUUUGCUUUUACCUUCUUUAUCAUAGCUUGGCUAGCACCCUGCUGCUCUUAAAAAGUCUCAAAGGUGAUUUGCAAGGCUGUUGAGGUAAGCUGUUUGCCUUGUACAAUAAUCAAGUCCAUCUACCUCCCUCAGUAGCAUGUGUCACUGAGUGGCAACAAUGCUGCGUUUAGUAACCCUUCCCAUACAUUAGUGAUCUGCUUUCCCCUGAAAAAAAAAAAACCUACUCACUGAUAGUUUGUUUUGUUGUGGACAUUUUAUAUUGAA